AUGGAAGGAAUGAUGCUGAUGGAGCUGGAGAGAGAGUUCUUGAACUGGUAGACUGUGAUUGUGAUGGUGAUGGCACUGGAAGUUCCACAACUUCAGAUGGUCCAGCACUAGUCGAAGGUUGACCUGGUGAUGAAACUUUCAUUAAUAUUAAAAUUACGGAGAGCAUCAUGGCCUCAUCGGUCAAGAUCACCGUUAACGGCCAGGAAUAUGAAGUCGACCCGGCCACGCCCCCGAGCACUCGCCUGGUGGACUUCCUGCACGAGAAGAACCUCAGCGGCACUCACGUCACGUGCUACCAGGGCGGCUGCGGGGCCUGCACUGUCGUGGCGUCGUUCGUGGACCCCGACACGGGCGCCAAAAACACGCAUUCGAUCAACAGCUGCCUCGCCCCUCUCCUCGGCUGCAACGGCUGGGAAAUCACGACCGUAGAAGGCUUAGGAAAUCGUUACGACGGUUACCACGUGAUUCAAGAGCGGUUGGCGGAGUUUUCGGGAACCCAGUGUGGUUACUGCUCGCCCGGGAUGGUUAUGAAUAUGUAUGGCUUAACACAGAGCAGCAACACGUGGACAGCUUCACAGGUGGAACAGCAUCUUGACGGAAACCUGUGUCGUUGUACUGGCUACCGACCCAUUCUGGACGCCUUCAAAUCCAUCACUGUGGAGGAUAUUGAGGACUCCCACCUGGCUCGCUGUCCGAAAACGGGGCAGGCUUGUAGGGGCCACUGCGAUAAAAAGGAAAAUGCCAAGGUCCCAGUAAGUGACAAAAAGGCAACGCCAACCCUGCUGCAGACAAAAGAUUCAGCGUGGCACCAGCCGGCCUCACUUCAGGAUCUCUACAAUAUCUUGGCUGGACUCGAGGAAGGGACAACUUACCGCUUUGUCUGUGGUGAUACUGCCCAAGCCGUGUACUACAGCGGUUCCUAUGACGUCUACAUCUACACUCGCCACAUACCCGAACUCUCCCGCGUGGCACAGGCUGAGGAUGGCGUGUAUUUCGGUGCCAACGUGUCAAUCUCCCGUGUCAUGCAAGAACUUGACACGGUGUCAUCGGGGCGGGCUGGCUACGCGUACGCGAAGGAGCUGGUCAAGAACUGGCACCGCGUGGCGAGCACCUCCGUCAGGAAUCUGGGCAGCUGGGCAGGCAACCUCGGCUUGAAAUUAAGUCAUAAGGAAUUUCCUUCUGACAUUUUCAUUAACCUCCUGGGCGCCGGUGCUGUUGUAACGACAGCUCUACCUACCGGGUCGACCUCGACUCACACCCUCGAGGAACUGCUCGCCCUCGACCUUCAGAAGGAGCGUCGAGUGAUCCUCGAGAUGCGUCUUCCGCCCAUGUCUGACGAGGUCGUCUUCAGGGUCUUCAAGGUAAUGGGAAGAUGGACCAACACGCACGCUUUCGUCAACGCGGCCAUGGCUUUCAGAGUAGACAAAGCCAACGCUCACACUGUGGUCGGGAAGCCGCUGGUCGCCUAUGGUGGAAUCAACCCGACUUUUGUGCGGGCCUCGGCAACGGAGGCGGCGCUGGAGGGCAAGAGCCUUGAAGAUGAGGGAGUCUUACAGGCCGCCAUGCAGGCUCUGGCCGACGAGAUCAAGCCUGAUAACCUGCCUCAGGAUCCCGCGCCAGAGUACAGGAUAUCGGUCGCCCAAACUCUGCUCUAUAAAAUGGUGCUGGGGAUCGUAGGCAGUGCCGCCUCUAGCACAGUGAUCAGCGGAGCCACUGACCUGGAACGACCUGAAUCGAGUGGGCAGCAAGAGUACGACCAGAAUACCGAAACUUGGCCACUGGGUCAGCCGAUUCCCAAGCUGGAGGCCCGCAUGCAGUGUGCCGGCGAGGCCGAGUACGUGAACACAAUGGCACCCGUGAGCGAGGAACUUUUCGGCAUGUUUGUUACGUCGACGCAGGCCAACGCUCGCAUCGCCAGUGUCGACCCUUCGGCUGCCCUUGCUAUGCCCGAUGUGGUAGCGUUUGUGGGCGUGGAAGACAUUAAAGGUGUCAACAACAUUAUGGCCUUUGCGUGGCCUUUGCCGCAGAAGCUCUUCGCGGAGGACCGAGUGUCAUACUACGGGCAGCCCAUCGGCCUUAUAGUCACCAAGAACAGGGGAGCGGCCUACGGUGCUCGCGAGGCUGUCAAGGUCACGUACGACGACAUCCAACCGCCUGUGCUUACCAUUGAGGACGCCCUGCAGAAGCCACCCAUUAAGGGCCCUCCUUUCGCGCAGGGGGACGUGCAGGCUGGAUUCGCUUCCUCGACGCACGUCUUCGAAGGGGCCAUGAGCCGAGACGGACAGUAUCACUUCCACAUGGAGUCGCAGUCGUGUCUGGUCGUGCCCACUGACAUCGGCUUGGAUGUCUAUGCCUCGACCCAGUGGGCAUCGGAGACCCAGCGUGCCAUCGGCCAAGUAUUGGGCAUUCCGGAUAACACCAUCAACGUAACGGUCAAGCGGCUGGGCGGGGCUUUCGGCGCCAAGAUCGACCAGUGCAACAUAGUGGCGACGGCGGCGGCGGUUGCGGCGCAGAAGGUCCGAAAGCCCGUGCGCGUGGCCCUCGACCUGGACGCCAACAUGACCAUUAUCGGCUGGAGGGAGCCUUAUUUCUGCACUUACAAGGUAGGUGUCGACGACUCCGGUGUCCUACAGGCCGUCCAGGCGACGCUGACCAGUGACGCCGGCAACGUGGCAGUGGACACGUCGAGCCCCGACGCUGUGUAUUGUAUGACCUCGUGCUACAACUGCCCUAACUGGGAGGUCACGCCGCAGGUCGUUCUCACUAACACGUCCUGUAACACGUGGUGUCGCACGCCUGGCACGGUUGAGGGCGUGGUCUUUAUGGAGAAUAUCCUGGAGCACGUGGCGCAGGGCAUGGGCAUGGACCCUCUGGAGCUGAGGAGGAAGAACCUGAUGCCCGACGGAGGGACGCGCCCGCUCAACCAGGGCAUGAUUCGCCUCAGGUCACUCAUUGCAGGCAAGGAAGCGAAAUGGCUCGCCGACAACCUCACUGUGCCUAGGAACCUCAUUUCGGACAUGAUAACACAGAUUCUAACCUCAGCUAAUGUCGAGGAGCGGAAGCAAAUAGUUGCUAAUUAUAACCAGACCAACCUUUGGAAGAAGCGUGGCCUGUCAGUGAUGCCUUUGCUGUGGCCCUAUGCAGUGGCAAUGACAAUGCCAUUCAAUGCCAUGGUAUCUGUCAACGCUCGGGAUGGCACUGUGGUUGUUUCCCACGGUGGCUCCGAGAUGGGACAGGGCAUAAAUACCAAGGUUGCCCAGUGUGCUGCGUACGAGCUGGGUGUUCCCCUUGACACGGUCGCUGUGAGGCCCUCGAAUACCCACGCCAAUGCCAACUCGGAGGUCACAGGAGGUUGCCAUGGGUCGGAUGUGGCUUCCUAUAACGUAACUCAGGCAUGCAAGAAGCUGCGCGCUCGUCUGGACGCGUUCAUUGAGGAAAACGGACUCGUCGACAAUUCCUGGCCUGAGGUCGUGCUGGCUGCGUUCAACAAGGGCGUCGAUAUUUGCGAGAGAUAUGUGAACGGAUGGGACGAAGUGAAAUCGUAUCCAGUGUUUGCCGUCGCCUGCACUGAGGUGGAACUGGACGUCUUAACUGGGCAGUUCCUCGUCCUGCGCACCGACAUCCUCGAGGACGCCGGCAAGAGCAUGAGUCCGUUAGUCGACGUCGGGCAAGUGGAGGGGGCGUACGUCAUGGGUCAGGGGCUCUUCACCGUCGAGAAGCCCCUGUACGACCACGACACCGGCAGGAGGAUCACCGACGGGACCUGGUAUUACACCCCGCCCGCCGCCCUUGACAUCCCAGCUGACUUCCGCGUUUCCCUGCUUCACAACGCCCCCAACCCAGUGGGCGUACAGUCAUCCAAGGUGACUGGAGAACCCCCUCUGUGCUUGGCCUUCUCGGUAGUCAUGGCACUGAGGCAGGCAGUGGCGAGUGCCAGAGGAGAUGCUGGUGUAACUGGCUGGUUCCAGAUGGACACGCCAUUGACUGUUGACACUUUGCAACGCCUUUGUCUCGUGGAUUCUAGUCGCCUUACCAUCAAAUAAUUUCUCGAAGAAGAAUUAACUGUGAAUGUAUUGUGAAAGAAAAUAGUCAGAACUGCGUAUUCUUGUUGAUUUUAUGAUUUGAUGAAUAAUGCAGUUUUAGAAAUAUACCUUUGUCAUGGCUUUGUAUAAUUCCGGUGGGAUGACCUAAAUAUUUUUUUUUUUCUGCUGCAUUGUUAUAUUCCAGGAGUCAGACAGAUACCUCCUGCAUUGUGGUUAUUUUUCUGAAUACAUAGCAUACGCUUCUCUGCAGGAUUUUGCGUGGGAUAGCGAUGCUCAUUUGUUUUUGUUAUGUAUUUUAUUGUUGCAGUUUUCAGUUCUUGUUGUUGAUUUUUGUUUCUAGUCUGUUACUAUGUUGUUGCAUAUGAAUAUAUUUCUAUACUGGCCCUCAUGUCGGUGAAUGCAGAUGAAUUUUUGUAUUGAUUCGAAAGGACUUGAGAAAAACUCAUCAUAGUGGUGAUUCGAGCAGAAAAUAUAUAAUUCCAUAUUUCCAGAUACUGCUAUCAUUUGUUCUAUUUGAAAUACGAAUUUCUUUUAGAUUUGAGGGCUAAUUAUAUACCGAUCUAAUAAAGUUAUUUAUAGAACUCAA